AUGUAUACUGCUGAUACAUUGUCCAGAGCAGUAGAUCCCAAGGCUGAGUUGACUGCUGAAACUGAUGAAGAUAUCAGAGUCUACGUAGAUGCUAUUAUCAAGAGCAUUAUCAAGGCCGUGAUCAACCACAUGAAAGCAGUAUUUGCUCGCCAUGGAACGCCAUGUGAACUGAUGUCGGAUAAUGGUCCUCAAUUUGCAAGCCAAGAGUUCCAGAGCUUUGCAAAAGAAUGGGAUUUUCACCAUACUACAUCGAGUCCAUAUUAUCCGCAAUCCAAUGGUCUCGCAGAGAAUGCUGAGAAGAUUGUCAAUACUCGAUCAGUGAGGGGAAGAAAGGAGGAUCAUAAGGUGAAGCAAAAAGAGCGAUUCGACAAACAUGCUCGAGACUUGUCAAAGCUAAAGCCUGGAGAUCAUGUCAUACACCAACACAUGAAAACCAACACCUGGUCGAAACGUGGUAUUGUCAGGUCUGUCCAGGAUCGAAACAGAUCAUACCAGAUCGAGACAGAAACAGGAGAGAUACGUCGCAGGAACAGACGUCACCUCAGGCUAGUCCCACGUCAACAACAAGCCGAGUCUAUUCCACUACCAACACAGGAUGACUGCGAGCUAGAUGACACUGCAGAAGCUACAGAGCAACCAGCAUCUGAAGAAAGCUCAAAUACGUUAUCAACCAGAACCAGAAGCGGACGAGUUAUUAAACCGCCAGAUCGCUUGAACUUGUAA